AUGGCGCCCAAAGAACUCAAUUUCAUUACCGGCAACAAGAACAAAUUGGCAGAAGUGCAGGCUAUUCUUUCCGCCACGCCUGUGAAAUUACAGAACCAAGCAUUGGAUCUCCCUGAGCUACAAGGCACAAUCGAAGAGAUCUCAAUCGACAAAUGCAAUCGUGCCGCUGAAGCGGUCCAAGGAUCCGUAUUGGUCGAAGACACAUGCCUCUGCUUCGACGCUUUUGAUAAGCUCCCAGGUCCUUAUGUCAAAUGGUUCUUACAGUCCCUCGGGGUCGAACAAUUUCACAAAUUACUCGCUAGCUUCGAGAACAAGGCUGCCUAA